AUGCCCGUGACAUUGGAGGUAAAGCGCCCAUAUGCUGCAUCUUCCAAGGCACUUGGCUUCUACUCAUGUGGCGGGUAUGAUAGCGGUACAGUGAGCGCCGAGCAUCUGUCGCAAGCUAUAGCCACCGAAGUUAGGAAGAUGUUAUGGAAUUCCUCAUGCGAAAUCUUCAGAGGAGGCUGCAGAAAUUCAGGGGCCGUGUCGAGCACGAGAAGGUUGAACCAUGCCGCUCGCACCCACCCCAAAAGCCUCAAGCGCUGCAGUCUGAGAAGUUUCGAGCGUGGUAUGAUCAUCAGCAUCAGCGUCCAAAUAACGAAGUCAGCCAACCGCCGUUGGGCCAUGCCGCCCACGUGGCACGCACGCUUGAACGCUCUGCAGCUUCAAACCCUUUACAAAGAUGGCUUUCAGGUCGCGGUGAGACUGACCGAAAUAGAGAAGCAUUUGGAACUCCACGCUAAUGAUAUCAAAUCGUGUGGGAGGUGCCUUUGGACCUCCAUGGUACCCUCAGGCGCUUCGGCUGGAGAGGUUGAGCCUUACCCACAAUCAUCUGGUAUCCGGGUAGAAAAUACUAUAUGCUAUGAACUUGUAACAUUGCCACGGGCUUUUCAUCCCGUUGCAAGCAUUUCUAAACAGCACUGGAUCGUUUGGGCGGACAUUCAUCAAAAACGCGAAGCUCUAGGUGUCUGGGGUGUCUUGUAUCGAGAUCCGUGGCGUGUUGCAGACUUGCCAUGGCGUCGUCGGUUCCUAGCAGCGCGUCAUCGCCGGUGUGCCAACCUGAGGAGGGAUGAGGUCGUCGAAGCAAGGUUUGGCGAAGUCUGCGGGGCGCCCUCGCUUGGCGUUCCCAAGGUUUGCUACGGAGCAGGCACUGACGCUUUCCUGUCGCGUGGAAAAUCAUCCGCAGACACCACGCUGUUCCUGUUCUGUUCCUGUACUCAUCUAUCCUUCGUCACACACAAAGCCGAACAUGGAACGGUCACCUUUAGCCGCGCCCAAUGUGGUCAAGCCUGCAUCUACAGUUGUCCCUUGUGAGGAACUUCAUAUUGCAAGGUGAUACGAUUGGUGCCGGCUGACGUCGACCCCUUGCUCUCAAUAACCGGCAUUUCGUCUUUGAGCCACGAGGUUCUUCGUUAUGCAAGGCGCAUUAAAGUCCGUGUGGGGUAUCGCAUGGAAAAUGCCGAUGACAGGGGUUGUGCAUCUACAGAUAUUGCGGCUGAAGUGGGAAGUGACACACUGCAUUGUGGGAC